AUGAAACAAAGAUCUUUCAUAGCUCGGUUCAGAAAACUGCAAGCAAGGUACAUUGAAACACCGUUGAGAAUGGCUAGUUUUUUCGUCAAGUUAUGGGAGAGUGUGUUUGAACCAGGGACCACCCCACAGUUGGUCAUCGCCACACACGCUUCUUUCGUUGCAUUGCUGUUGACCUUGAUGUGGCUUAUUUACGCCACGCACGGCAACAUCCACUUCUACGUUCUGUUCGGCAUUUCUCUUUUGCUCUGGAUCACUGUUAUCUGGUUCAUUAGCGAACUAUCCUUGGUCAAGUUGAAAGAUAACGAUGAACUGGAUAAAGUUGCCAACGAAAAGAACGAAACCGAAGCAACGAACGACACUGAUAACAAGCAAGAAAGCGGGAACACCACUGGCAGUUCCAGACCCGCUCAAACGCAUUCCAGGUCGAGAAAGGCAUAG